ACUAUGCAAUAAAAACAAAAUUUUAGUUGCAUUUUUCACCCAUUAAAAAGCCUCUCUUUUCCCUUAUAAAUAAAAUUAGGAAGCUCUUCAUUUAAUAAACCUAUACAAGAUACAGAGCAAACAUUUCAGAAUUCCUUUAAUCAUCAAUGUCGAGAAAAAGGUUGGAGGGUAAGGUUGCUAUAGUGACUGGGGGAGCAAGCGGAAUAGGGGCGGAGACAGCGAAGACAUUCGUGGAAAAUGGAGCAUUUGUAGUUAUAGCAGAUAUCAAUGAUGAAUUGGGUCACCAAGUUGCAACUUCAAUUGGGUUAGACAAAGUGAGUUACCACCAUUGUGAUGUGAGAGAUGAAAAACAAGUUGAAGAAACAGUAGCUUUCGCAUUGGAAAAAUAUGGAACCCUAGACAUUAUGUUUAGCAACGCUGGAAUUGAAGGUGGUAUGUCUAGCAGCAUACUAGAAUUUGAUCUGAAUGAAUUUGACAACACCAUGGCCAUUAAUGUUCGUGGAUCACUCGCAGCUAUCAAGCACGCUGCACGUUUCAUGGUGGAGAGAAAAAUCCGUGGAUCCAUAAUUUGUACUGCCAGUGUAGCUGCCUCUGUUGCUGGAAAUCGUGGCCAUGAUUAUGUUACAUCCAAACAUGGUCUCUUAGGACUUGUACGUUCAACGUGUGGUGAGCUUGGAGCUUACGGAAUUAGAGUCAAUUCAAUCUCACCGUAUGGUGUUGCCACGCCUCUUGCAUGUAGAGCACUGAAUAUGGAGAUGAGUAAAGUUGAAGCUAAUAUGAAAGAUUCUGCUAAUUUGAAAGGAAUUACACUAAAGGCUACGCAUAUUGCAGAAGCUGCUCUCUUUCUUGCAUCGGAAGAAUCGGCUUAUAUUAGUGGACACAAUUUGGUGGUCGAUGGAGGCUUUUCUGUUAUUAAUAGUUGUGUGCCUACUACUAUUAAAAAAUAAGUGGUCCAAUUUGGAAUGUGAUAAAUAUCCUACAUUCUGUUUCUAAGUUUGUUGUAAAUUUGGAAUGCGUUCCUACUAUUAGAAAGGAAAGCCUUGUAAUUCUUGAUCAUAGUGAUGAGAUCGACCUCAGUGAGGAUGUAGGAUUCAAAUUGAUCCAAACAUCGUGUUUUCAUCUUUACUUUCUGUAAUCUUUUAUUUUGUGUGUGUGUUUCGACUUCAAUUCAAUUUCAAGAAUUUCCUUGCAUCCAA